UUUUUUUUUCCCAACAUAAGUUUAUUUGAAAACUUACCUACCCAUCUCUCAAAGUUUCGCUUACUUAUCCAAAACCCUACCCCAUCGCACUCGCUAGUCCGUCCUACUACAGCCGGCUCCCAUGGAGCAGCCCAAAGGUCUCGCCGGACGGCAACCACCGCAGUCCGCUUCCGUCGACGAAACUAAACGAGACCAGAACAAGCGGCAGCCUCCGAGCCCGGAAGAGAUACUGACAUUCUACGAGUCCCAAGGAUUAGACCACCGCGCCGCGUCCCUCAAAGCAAUCGAAGACCUCCAAUCCGCCCUCCUCCGUGGCGCCGCCGCUUCGCGCCGCAACCGCCUCGCUCCCUCCGGCGAUCUUCAACGCAAGGUCGACAAUAUCAACACCAGCCUCGCCAUCCUCCAAAUGAAGCUCGACUCUAAGCCCGGCUUUCCCGAAUCCCUCGCCAUCGGCCUCGCAUCCGGCGCCCUUAUCCACGGCCUCUCC